CUUUUUCGAUUCUGCAGAUUUUCUUUAUUAUAGCAUUAUUUGAAAAUCAAAUAAACUAAAACAUAGGCAUUAAAAAAUAAAGGAAUGAUAUAACAUAUAUCAUUUCCUGAUAAAGUACUAUAUAAAUUAGGAAAUGAACAGAACUUUUUCCCUGGCUUGAGUGGUAAUGAGUAAUGGUAAUGAUGACUCCCAACCUUCACCGAUAAAUGGGUUGGAACGUCUCCGGCGGAACCUGUUUGGCGAUUGGAGGUUCUCUUCUCAUUGUCAUCACGCGUGCUGGUGCUGGGAAGAUAACGCCGGGAUUCGCGAUGAAGACGGACCCGGCGGGAAAAUCAUGGGCUGACGUCUCAGAGUCUUACCGAGACUUUUAUUUUAGAGAAUUUAAGAAACGGGUGAAAUGGAGUCCGGAGAUUGACGAGGGGCGGAUGAGGGAGGCGUUCUUGAAGAGGGCUGCAGGUUUGUAUUCUGGAUACAUGUACAACCAGAGGACUGACGGUCGAGUCAAGAAGAAGUCGGUAGAUCCGGGGGCAUUUGAGGCGUUGCAAGAGGGUUGGAAUGCAUCAGAGUUUCAGGAUAUAAGUAAGAGAAAGAAGAAGAAUAGACGCAAGGGUAGAGAGGAUGGCUUUGCUCUUGGGACUUACACUGGAGGCACGGUCUCAUUUUCUGAGAAUUUGAAUCGACUGGUUGCCAAGAAAGGAACGCCUGUCUCGUUGAAAGAUGGCAUUGUCCAUAUGAAGACGAAAAAGCAUGACGGACAGUCUUGGGUUGAUCCAGCUAAUGCUGAUCUCUGGGCUCGGUUUGUUACUCUUCGUGAUGAGGCAAGGAAGAACGGACUCAAUGUCACCGACCAAGAAAUAUGGUACUUGCUAGUCCAGGGCCACAAUGCAAAGAAUCAGGUGCCUCGAGUUGGUGACUAUGAGCGUCAAAUGAGAAAGUUGAAGCCGUCAUCCACCCGUCGUCGCUCUAGUUCUUCCGCUAGUAGCAAGACUGAAAUUGAGGCCUUAAAAGAGCAUAUCCAACGCCUCCAGGAACAGUUUGAUGCCCUCACCUCUAAAUUCACCACCAUGCAAGAAAAUUUGAAAAGGUUAUAUGGUGAUAACUAUCCACCACAAGACGAUGACGGUGGAAAUGGAGGAGCAGGGCAAUCAGGAGACAUUUGUUAGACAGUUUGAAAACAUUAUCAAUGUUUAUGCAUAUUAUCUCACUGAAAUGUUUAUGCAUACAAUACAUUAAAAUUAACUUAAUUUG